AUGGCGUUGUCGGUCCUCCCGCUGAGCAGCCGGGCGAUGGUGGCCCAUUUGUUCCCGAACUUGGCGUGCGCACGCAUGAUCUUCUCGUCUUCCUCCUGCGUAAAGGGGCGAUGCUCCACCUGCGGCGACAGCUGGUUACACCAACGCAGGCGGCACGACUUCCCCGACCUCCCGGGGACGUGUUUGCUAAUGAGUGACCAGUUCCUCGGCCCAUGCUUCUGCACGAGCUUCUUCAAGGCAUCGUCCUCUUCGGGACUCCAGGGCCCCUUGAUGCGGUCCGCAUCCCUGCGUGCUGCCGCCCCCGUGGCCCCGCCGGUAUUGACUGCUCCGCCCGCCACUGCCUGCAUGGCCGAUACGACUUCAGAUCGGCACGCCGUCGGUCGAUUCCCGAUGGCGAGAGACGACUCCCAAUUCGAGCUCUGAAGAGCUUCACCGGAUCAAACCGCGGGAAGAUCUCCGCUGUGGGCGUUGGGCGUUAGGGUUGCCGUGGGCCGUUCCAGGAAAGAAGAGGAAGGAGGGCCGGAAAUGGCGGAAGGAGAUGAGCACUGAGAAACGGACUGGAGGCAUCUUAUAUAGUCCUUCGGGCGACUAGGAGGCAACCGGUAACAGCCGGUUGGGUAACGGGCCGGACAGGUUUGGCGGUGGCCGUAUACAGCUGUAUCGGACACGCGUUCGAUUCUUCGCCGAUCCCGUCUCACUGGCUUUCUCUGUCUGCCGUGGCGCCCAAUCCUAGGCCGUCGAUGAGGAGACGACCCCUCAACUGCAAUAUUUCCUACACCUCGAGAUUCGAUCCACCAAUGCCGCACGUGUCCUCGAACCCUCCAGAACUUCCAAGAUGAAAUUUUUCGAAGAAAUCCGGCGACCGGCGUCAGCCGGGAGAUGGGCGACCGUCCUCGCCGGCAACGGCCGGUGGCGCGGCGGAGGGGCGUUCCUGCGGGCGCGAUCGCAGGUGUUGGAGGGGGGGGGAGGAAGUUAAUGCGAGUGGCGUGGAAUUAUUCCGGGCCGAGGCGAAGUGAAGAUUUGACUCGGCCAGGCUGGACGGCACUUGCAAGAGCGUAGGUGUCCUUUCCCUUCCCCUUCGCAUCGCAUCGCAUCUCAGGGAAUUUAAUAUUCGGUCUAGUUGUUGAUCGGACGGGAGGCAGCAGGAGGAAGCGGAGCAUUUACUUCUCCCAGUUCCGGCAAAUAAAUCCAGCGGCCACGGGCGACUUCGUCCCUCCGUCCCUCGGCGGAGCAGGCAAUUGGCGGUCUGGUCUGUCAGUCUCCGCCACCCUGUGCAUUCGACUCACCAACAAGGAAGAAGCGGGGAUCGCCGCUGCCCUUCGUCGCCGGAGGCUCCUCCACCGUUCUAUGUAAUGUGGUGUGAAUUAAUCUGUAGCCUCCUCCGUCACCGGCCGCCGACCGAUUUGACUGGUCAACCGGCGAGGCCCGUUUGUGAACGCUGCCCGCAACGGACACAAACCUCCACGUCGCAAAUCGAUUCGCCCCCACUCAUCCGUUCCUUUCCCGGUAACCGCUCUGUCUUCAGCGUGGGCCCCACAAUCCCAGGAAUUCAUGCUCACUUCCGUCCGUUCAUCUGAGCAGAUAACGGAGAUAAAGGAGAUAACGGAAAACAGAGGGGCGGGCAAAAGAUGACGCGUAGCUCCGACGGGAAUAAAGGGUUAGUAGUUCCCUUACCAGCUGUCCCCCACCCGUUGUUCACGCCCACGGAAGCAGGCGGGGGAUUCAAAUUUUGCCCAAGAGAGAAAUAUCCGAUUAGCCGCCACGUGGAAGCCUCUCUAUCCUUCCAAGAGAGAAAUAUCGUACGAUCUGAGCCUUUUGCCGGGUGGUACUUGCUCCGUCGAAUCGGGCCACCCGGCUGAUCUGGACCGGUUGGCAUCGGUCGUGUCGGUCGGGAGCCCGAGCCGGAUCGGUACCAGAAAGAUACUGCCGCCGGCCGACCGCAGGUUUGGGAAGGGACGGCCGAGAGCGGUCCAUUGGAAAGUCCCCUUCUGGAGUUGUUUCGGGCGGCGGUUAGUUCUAUAAACCAGAAAAGGAGGAAAACGUGCCAGAAAAAAGAAAAAAAGCUGCUGCGCCACGCGGCUGGCGUCCGGCGGUUCGCGGGACCGCUCCAUGAUUUCUGCGGACGUAGGCACCGUAGGACGCAACAACCGCUAUCGCUUGUCGUCUUGCUUUCGGCGAGACCGCCCGCCCGGAUCCUCUAACAGCUGGCGGGCCAAAAAUAUGGGGCACGGGGGCAAAAAAGAAAACAAACGCAAGCACCGGGGAAAUUCCAUUAAGAACCGCAUUUUUUAACAAUAUUCAUUUCGACUCCGAACCUAGUGAAUACUGAUAAAUUGAGUCGAUAAAUCGCAUCCAGGGGGAUGUUUUCGGAGAAAGGGUUUUUUCUUUCUUUCUUUUUUGUCGUGGCCCCGCCAAGAGAGAUGAUCAUCAACGGCUGCGAGCGGCGCCGUGCGGCAGCAGCCCUCUCCCGCUGGACAAGCCGUGUCUUUGUUGGCGACGGCGACGGGAACGGCGCCUUCCGAGCCGGCAUUUCGUCGAACAUAUGGACGUCAUCAUCUUCCUCCCCCAAAUAAGGGCGCGUGCAUUCAAAAGAACCUUCCCCUCUUCCCCUCUUCCCCUCUUCCCUUCUUCCCCACUGGCCAACUCCCACGGUGGCGAAGAGCCGGGGCAGCCACCUCCUGUGGACUGUCGUGAUCCCCGAGAGGCGCUCGCCGUUAUAAUACGCUGACGUGAAGGAACAGUGAGAGCUCUCCCCCGCGACUAGAAAAGUCAAAGCUGCCUGCAGAUAACGUCAUCUUUGUCGUCUUGCGGGGGGUGGUCCUUUGUCGCUAGCCGCCUGCGGGGAGAUGCGGAUCGUCUCCGCCUUCCACGUCCGCGAUCUCCUGUGGAUCCGCUUUGUCCCCCUCGGUGACGGAUCCAACGGUCCGGAAAGAAUUCCCUUUUUUCGGAUUUACCCCUUAGAAACAAGAGAUGCGCAGAAAGGGGGUCUCAUAACGCUAUUUAUUUUAACGCCGGACGGUGAGGGUAGCCGGUUCGUGAAAAAUAUCCCACGAGGGGGAGGGUCACUUCCACCACUCUCCUCCAAUCAGACGGCGGCACCUAAUGAGGGCUUCAAGUCAACUACCGUACAGAACCUGAAUUUUAUUUUAGAGUUUAUUUCCAAAAAGCAGCCUCGCACGCUUCGCCACGUGUUGCGGUCCUCCGUCUUAUCUCCUGGCUUGAAGAGGACGCAGUCGGCGAUUGAUGGAAUCUACGCAACAACCUGUGCCGCUCAAAAACCGCCGGCCACGUUAUCAGUUACCGAAUAACUUUUAUUUACGGCGCCGCCCGACGGUCCGUCCUCCGCCGACAGCCCCUCCUCCGCAAGCCUUCGACGCCGGCUCUACGCGGGUGGUGUCGACAUCUCGCCACGUGAGGCGGCGCUAUUGACCUUACGGUCGCCCGACACCGCGGGUGACCGCAAGCCCCAGAUUUCGCGCGGAAAUUAAAUAGAGCGGCUUCCGCGGGAUAGCGGCCGCGUGGUAACGGCCGCGACAUGGGCUUGUCACUUCUCGGGUAGCAACAACCCCCCCCCCCCCGCCCCCAAUCUCGUACGUGUCUGUUUAACCCGCACGUGUGGAGAGGACGAGGUCAUAAGACCGCUCGCUACCGACCAAAUAUGAGUUAAUUCUUUUAAUUAGGAUUAGUCGCCGAUUUGUUACCCAUGCCAUUAACAGGCCCCUCUAGUUUGGGCCGACCGGUCCAAGCCCAUGUAUCACGCCCACUAUGGCAAACCAGCCCUUUCUUGGUCCAUGUGAGCUUCUACAUUGAGGAUAUUUGUAGACCCCCCCCCUGCCCCCCUGUUCGGUGA